UCCUUCAAAACAACAAAUCCGUAACCUCCUUGAUUUAAUUUUUAUUGUUAUCCGAAUCACCUGAUCCAUUAACCUGACAUAUCACUCAAUCUUUGUCUGAAAAUCUAAUCUUUACCACAGUCUCAAUCACCUGAUUCAUUUUUCUAACAUAUUUCUUAAUCUUGAUUUCAGCCGAAUCCAUUGUCUUUUGCUUUCAUUUUUAUGAAAACUCUAAAGAUUUCCUCAUCUGUUUCUUUCCUUUUCUUCAACUAUUUGGAUAUAUCUUCUAAAUUGGGUAAAAGGUCCAAUAUGAAAUUCAUCUGAAUGUUCAUCUUUAGAUUUAAAAAUUAAUGGAUAAAUCGUAGCUAUGCAAAUUGUCUGAGAAUCCAGAAUUUUGCAACAAGAAACCCUUUUUUUGAUUAAAUCAAGGAAAGGGUUAUGAUGAGUUCAAGUUCGUUUAAAGAAAUUCGAGCAAUGGCCUAUCCAAGAACUCUUGUAUCAAUUGUAGCUUCAGCCGGCGGCUUAGCUGUUUUCUUGCUUAUUGCUUCAUCCCUUUUAAUCUCAGGGCCAAUUGGGUCCACUUUUAGCAGCUAUUUCUAUGGUGUGGUGGAUCAUACAGAAAAAGAUGAUCUUUUGUCUAGUGGAGAUGGCAGUGGAAAUAGAGAUGCUUUUGAAGCCUUUCGUAGUAAUUUAACGAUAAGGAAUAACUCGGAUUCUGGAGAUGCUGUAGUGGAAAGUCAAGUUGGUGAAAUGAAGCCUGGGGAUUCAAGAAAUAUGAGAGGUCAAGAGAAAGUUGUUAAUGUUACUAAUAAUGCUGAAAAGGUGAGCACCAAUGUGCAGAAAAACAACACUAACGGGGCUAAUUUAACUGAUUCAGUUAACACAGAUUGUGAUCUCUAUGCUGGAAAAUGGGUCUAUGAUUCAACUGGACCAUUGUAUACAAAUAGCUCUUGCCCUGUCCUGACACAGAUGCAGAAUUGUCAAGGAAAUGGAAGGCCUGAUAAAGAGUAUGAGAACUGGCGAUGGAAACCUGCUCAAUGCAACCUCCCUCAAUUUGAUGCAAUGAAGUUUUUGGAAUUGAUGAGUGGAAAGACAUUAGCUUUUGUUGGUGAUUCUGUGGCUCGCAAUCAAAUGGAAUCCCUUUUGUGUAUUCUCUGGCAGGUUGAAAUCCCCAAAAACCGUGGGAAUAAGAAAAUGCAACGUUAUUAUUUCAGAUCAACAUCCACAAUGAUUGUCCGAAUAUGGUCUUCCUGGCUUGUGCACCAAACACCUGAGCCAUUUGAUUUUGCUCCCACUGGUGUCGAUAAGCUCCACCUUGACUUACCAGAUGAACGAUUUAUGGAAUUUGUUCCAAACUUUGAUGUAAUUGUUCUUUCUUCUGGGCAUUGGUUUGCCAAGAAGUCUGUCUAUAUCUUGAACAACGAGAUUGUUGGUGGACAAUUGUGGUGGCCAGACAAGUCUAGACAAAUGAAGGUCAACAAUGUUGAUGCUUUUGGAAUCUCUGUUGAGACUAUCCUAACUGCAAUGCUUAAGCAUCCAAAUUAUACUGGUUUAACAAUCUUGCGUUCCUUUUCACCUGAUCAUUAUGAAGGUGGAGCCUGGAAUACUGGAGGCUCAUGCACAGGGAAGGAAAAACCAGCUGUGGACAAAGAUUUAGUAGAAAAUGGCUUUACCAAUAUAAUGCAUGAGAAACAGGUGGCAGGAUUUAACAAGGCAAUCAAAAAGCAGACAAACAAAUCAAAAGCAAUAUUGAUGGACAUUACGAAAGCCUUUAGCUACCGUCAUGAUGGGCAUCCAGGUCCUUAUCGGAGCCCUGACCCAAAUAAAAUCACAAAACGAGGACCAGAUGGCAGGCCUCCACCACAGGAUUGCUUGCAUUGGUGCAUGCCUGGCCCAGUUGACACAUGGAAUGAACUGGUAUUUGAAAUCAUAAGAAGAGAAUUUGUGGCCAAAAAAAGUAAUCCUUCAUGAUAAAUUUCUCAUAUUUCUUUUAGGAGCAUGCCAUUGCUUGCUAACAGAGAUUGUACUUUCUUAUGAAAAAAUUUGUAGGUCAUGUUGGGUAUCAGAGCUUUGUAGGCUUCAUUCCAGAUUUUGAUUUUUCAUUGAUCUUAUUGUAAUAGGCACUAGUUAGAAGAUUAUGAACUGUCUUUUUGUUAUAGGAAAAUGCUGCUGUCAUAGACACCUAUUUUCAUAAAUUAUUACUUUUCUGUAAGUGCAACUAUGAUUAAUACGUCUUAAAAGCAUCUUCUUUAUAAAGUUUACUGACUUUGCCAUCUGAAA